GAGUGCAGAGGGCACAGACUGGUCUAAGGGUUACUUUGAGUCGUUUCUCAUUCAUUCAACUCACCGUCCGUUCUCCUACUUCUGAGGAACCUGUACAGCUACCAUGGAGAACGUCGCAGUAUUUGACUCACCUGGGAAGGGGAGAGGGCUGAAGGCUUCCAAGGAGUUUUGGGCUGGAGAUGUGAUCUUUACUGAGCCCAGUGUCUCAGCUGUUGUGUUUGACGGUCAUUCAGAGCGCAUUUGCCACAGCUGUUUCCGCAGACAAGACAAGCUCCAGAGAUGUGGUCAGUGCAAAUUUGCUCAUUAUUGUGACCGGACCUGCCAACGUGCCGGCUGGGCCGAACACAAGCAGGAGUGUAGUGCCAUCAAAGCUUACGGCAAGGCACCCAAUGAGAACAUCCGAUUGGUAGCUCGCAUCAUGUGGCGCAUUGACAAGGAAGGCAGUGUGAUGUCUGACAUGCAGCUGGUCACCCUGGAUGAGCUGGAGGAUCAUCUGAAUGACAUGACUGAGGAUGAGCUCAAAGAGUUUAAAGUGGACAUCCACAACUUCCUGGACUACUGGCCUCGUAACAGCAAGCAGCACACAGUGGAAUACAUCUUUCAUAUUUUUGGCGUGAUCAACUGCAAUGGCUUCAGUGUGAGUGACCAGAGGGGUCUGCAGGCAGUGGGAGUGGGCCUUUUCCCAAAUCUCUGUUUAGUAAACCAUGACUGUUGGCCAAACUGCACCGUCAUCCUCAACCAUGGAAAUCAAUCGGCUGUGAAUACUAUUUUUCAUUCUCAACGGAGGAUUGAGCUUCGUUCUCUGGGUAAGAUCGAAGCGGGAGAGGAGCUGACAGUCUCCUACGUGGACUACUUGAACUUAUCGGAGGAGAGACAAAGACUUCUGAAAACACAAUACUUCUUUGACUGCACCUGUGAACACUGCAAAGGCCGCAUUAAAGAUGAUCUGAAGAUGGCGGGAAGGGAAGUGGAUGGAGUCAAGCCUUCAGAGGAUCAGGUGAAGGAAGCAACAGAUUUUUGCUUUGAGAUGCUGGAAAAAAUGGAAAAUGCCCGGAUAAGUGGAAACUACCACGAGUUGGUAAAAAUCUGCCAGAACACCGUAGACAAAACAGAGCCCAUUCUGGCGGACACACACAUCUACCUACUGAGGAUGUAUAGUACUUUAAGUGAGGUGCAGGCUUAUCUGCAGCACUUUGAGGAUGCAGCAGAAUAUGCCCGCAAAAUGGUAGAUGGAUACAUGAAACUGUACCAUCCGAACAACGCUGCCCUCGGUAUGGCUGCUAUGCGUGCAGGAGUGACCCACUGGCAGGCAGGACUUAUUGAGGUUGGUCAUGGGAUGAUCUGCAAAGCCUACGCCAUUCUCAUGGUCACGCAUGGAGCAACGCAUCCAAUCACAAAGGACCUUGAGGCUAUGCGCAUUCAGACAGAGAUGGAGUUGAGGAUGUUCAAGCAGAAUGAGUAUGUUUACCACAGUAUGAGAGAGGCCGCUCUGAAGAACAAACCAAUGACCAUGAUGCACGAACCCAAGUCUGUGGAGGAGGGGAUCAAGAACCUGUUCCACCGGAGGAAAUAACUACAAGGCAUUAAACAAUCCAGAAAACCACCCUGUUGUUUUAUUGUAAUUCAUUACCUGUUGGUGUGAAGGUCUGAGCAUGUGGUCAUAUUAUUCUUUUCUGUAUCAAUCACUUUUGUAGAAACAAUUUUCAUUAAAAUGAUU